ACAAAGAUUCUUAAAACUUCCCAAACCGAAGACAUUAAGCACAUUGUACUCUCCCUGAAAGUCUCUGCUUCUUAGAAAUCCAUUCUUUCUUAAAUUUCUGCUUUCCUGUUGUCAUGGAGAAGGUCCAGUACAUAACUCGCUCUGCUCUGAGGAGAGCCUCAACUAUUGAGGUGCAUCCACAAACACGGCAAAGGCUUCAGGAGCUUUUUGUAAACUUCUGUCUUAUCUUAAUAUGUCUGUUGCUAAUAUGCAUCAUUGUGAUGCUUCUUUGAAGUCCAGUAUUUUUUAUUGUUCUUCACUACCUUAUGCAAUGGGAUAUGCACCAGAAGGAGAAAAGAACCAAACAAGAAACAUCCAGCACAAGGAAAUCUAUGCAAGAAAGUCCAGCACUCAGUCUAAAAAAUUUCUCACCACCUCCACUCUUACUCACUGUAACCAUUAAAAGCACCUGUACUGAACAGUAAUUUGAAAACUACUAUCACACGGUGAUACAUGAGCUAAUUUGCCUGCUUUAUUUUUAAAGGAAGACUUCUGUGGACGUUGAUGAUUAAUGUUAUAUGUAAAAUGUCCAACUAUAAAAUUUUAAAUAGCAACCUUGAAAUUUUGGUUGCAUAUUAUUCUUUGGUUCCAGAUUAUUUGUUUGUUAUUACUAAUCAGCUAUAAGUGUUUACUUUUAUGAAUAAAGAAUGGGCUGAAUGCACUAUUAUUAAAUGCACAAUUAAAUCAUUAUACAUUCUAGGAGAUAUGUGUAUCUUGAGUACUUGGAUUGUUAACUGAAGAAUUUAUUAACUUUUUUCCCCGUACAUAUUCAUAAUAUAAGCUUUGAAAAGACAAUAAAGCAUUGCAUAUUUAUUGCCUUGUUCUACUGAAAUGCAAGUAUAAAUACCUUUAGACACCUACAUAUUGGUUUGCUUGUAAACUUCAACUAGGUGAAAUGGUAUAUCAUAGGGCAACAACUUUUAAAUCAAUGUACCUGAAAUGGGAUAACCUAAAAAAUACAUUCAAAAUUUGGGACCUUUUACUCUUGUAGAACUGAAAUUUUGCAAGAUAAUAAUGAUUAUUUCCAAUGCUCCUUGCAAGCCUUCUUCCUGACGAUCAGGAAGCCAGGAGUUGCUUGGGCUCCCACUGCUUGUUUUUUUUUAUUAUUAUUAGUUAAGGAAAUAUCUUGAAAAUGAUCUCAUGGAUUGUCUAGUUUGAUAUAUUUAUAAAUAUUUAAUAUAGUCUCUCCUGUAACACUAGUGAUAUCUUCCAGGUGGCACUUUCAUUAUACAAUUGUUUUUCAUUCAUAUAAUUUAGCAGGAGGACUAGAUGAUGAAUUUUUGCAAGUUUAAUAUUUUGAUGAUUUGUUCUACAAAGAAUUUGUCACAUCCACACACAUACAAAAUCUAUACAACAGCUUCUUAUUGGUUGCAUUAGAAUUCAAUCUGUUGUCAGAUUGCAUAUAACAAAUAGCAUUUGUUUUUUAGCUAAAAAAGUGAAUAAUUAAAUCUGAUUUCAAAAUUUUCCCCAAAGACAACAUUAAGUGGACUAGGGAUAAAAAUAUUUUGGUUGUGUUGAAAUCUCUUUUAUAGAAUAAUCUUCUUAUCACUUGUAUGAAGUUUAUAGGCUGUUGCUUUAACUAUAUAUGUAUGUGUACAUGAUAUCAUUAUACCUAAAGUGGUAAGAAACAAAUGUUGAAUUAUUUAUUACAAUAUUAGAAUAAUUCCACUCUUUGAGAAUGUACUCUUCAUAACAUAAUUAUGUUACAUAUGAAUUUAUUUUCCCUACUGAGAAACAACCAGCUCUAAACUUUCCUAAAAUAAAAUGAAAGCUAACUGUUUAACAAGGUAUUAGAUUUUAUUUUAAUUUUCACUGCUUAAUAUAUUAGUUCAAUCAUUUUUGUGCAACACUAAGGAGUAUCUGACCAUAAAUAAAGCAUGCCAAAAUUAAAUCCAAAGAACAUUGUUUUCAGAUCAUUAUUGCGUAUUUCAGGACCUUCUCUCACCUCUCCAAUUUUGGAUUCUGCAAUGUUGAACAAAGCUCCGUUUAACAUAAAAUAACAAAUAAC